CACGCGCACCAGCGACGGCCCGCCUCUUUGAAAUGUGUGCGAAGCAGCUGUCAGUCGGUGGGAGCGUCGAUCACAAUGUAAACAAAAACGAUCUGGCCUUGAAAUAAAACCCUCGUCGGUAAGCUUGAGGAGGCAGCUGGAAAUCGACUGUCGCGUGGGGAUGAGUGAAAAUGGUUUUGUGAGAGUGUAAAAUGAUCUCCCCGGCAUGUUGCUGAAUUGACCACUUGGCCUUUGCAGUAUCCAUGGCAACCAAGGAUGGCGACUGAGGGGAAGUGUUUCGUCUUUUGGUGUUAAUUUCUUUUGCCUUGGAAAUUAAAACGUUUUCUUCAUUUUAAAUAGCCAUUUUGCCUCAAGUGGCACCAUAUUUGAAGAAAAGUGUGUAUUUAUACAGAGGAAUUCAGGAUUGCACGGUGCCCCAAAUCGCUUUUACAACCGGUGAAGUAUAUUUUGUUGAAGUUUGGUGAUCGAUAUGAUGAAAGGGAACAGGGUAGUCCAUUUAUGCACAGCCGGAUCCCAUAAAAUGAAAUUCAGAUGAUCAAGGAGCAGGUUUUUUUUUCAUUUGGUGGUGUUUGAAGAAGUGAAAGACAAAAAAUCUCCAGAUGCUGUACUCCAAUGUAGACGAACAGGAGCCCGGAAGAACACAGCAAGCCAGGUAGCAACAGUAGGACAUGUGAAGCCAACGUUUCAGUAAGAUCAUGAUUGAGGAAUAAAAGCAUGGACUAUUUUCUAAAUUGGGAGAAAAGUCUGAAGUGCACAAAGACUUGGGAGUUCUAGUCCAGGAUUCUCUCAAGUGUAUCGAGUUACUCGGCACGUCGUAACUGAACGAGGUAGUCAGUCGCACGCCGUCUCAGCGAUUCCGAGCCAUGGCUUUUAACGUGAAGGCUUACCUGCUGGGGAAAGACGAAGUAAACCGGGAGAUCCGCCGCUUCGCCGUCGAUCAUGGCGUCUCCACUAGCUUCGAGCAUUUGUACAAGAAGGUGGCUAGUGUCUUCCAGUCUCUUCGGUCCGAGAACUUUCAGAUGUAUUACAAAGAUGAGGAAGGAGACAUGAUUGCAUUCUCCAGUGAUGAUGAGCUGAUGAUGGCUUUGUCCUUCCUUAAGGAAGGGACCUUCCGCAUCUACAUCAAAGACAAGAAGGAAUGCAAACAUGGCCAGGAGAAGGGAACUGGGGCAGUUCACCCAAACAUUGUUUGUGAUGCCUGUAAUGGGCCUGUGAUUGGUCCUCGUUACAAGUGCACUGUUUGCCCUGACUAUGACCUAUGCGGUGGCUGCAAAGGGAAAGGAUUCCACAACGAGCACGAGAUGCUGCUCCUGCAGACUCCUCAAUUCUUCCAUCCACUUGAGCGGUUUCCCCGAGGGAUGUGGCACCACAAGAAGAGAAAUGGAGGUCUGUGCCACUGGGCUAUGGCGCAGCAAGAAUCCUUCGCUCAGGCUGCAGCUUGCUCUGGUAGACGGCAGCCAGCUGCUGCAAAGGCUCCUCCAGCUGAGCAAGCAGCAGGUUCUGGGAGUCAGAAACAAGAUCAGAAUGUGGCCUAUCUGAAGAAUGUGGGACGAAAUGUGGCUGCAAUGCUCAGUCCAUUGGGUAUUGAUGUUGACAUUGAUGUGGAGCACAGGGGCCAGCGUUUUAAAGCUACUAGGUGCCCCAUGGAAAGUCAGCCCAGCUCCACAAGUGACGAUGCACAUUCUGGUGCAUCAUCUAUUGACAAGACCAAGACCAGAACAACUCCUAGCUCCAAUCAGGAGCAGACUGAGACUGCAGCCAUGGACGUGGAUCAGACUGCCACAAAUCAGGGUUCCUUCGAGACCUUCGCCCCAAACAGUGCAUCCCAAAACAAGACUCCCAGUGUUGACAGUAAUAUUGAAGAGGAAUGGACUCAUCUCUCGGACAAAGGGGUCGAUCCAUCAACUGGUGAACUGCAGUCGAUGGAGCAACUUAAUUUGCAGGAACAUGAGGAAGGGCAACCCUUAAUCCACCAACGAGAUUCUUGUUCCUAUGACCUGGGGCCCACUGGAUUGAGAGAAGCAGCUCUGUACCCUCAUCUUCCACAGGAUGCAGAGCCACGUCUGAUAGAAGCCCUAUCUCAAAUGCUGUCCAUGGGAUUCCAUGAUGAGGGAGGUUGGUUGACUCGGCUCUUGCAAACCAAGCAGUGUGACAUUGGAGCAGCGCUCGAUGCGAUGCAACCUGCAAAAGGGCCGGCUCGCCAAUAAAUCACUUUGCAAAAAGAAAAAAAAAAAGUUUGUUGAUGGAUAUUUUCUGCUUCAAUAUUAUCGGAUUGCUGCUUUUCCCAAUUAAUUAUAAUCUCUUAAUUGCACUUUCUGUAAAAUGUUAUUUUUUAUUUUAGAACGCUCUAAGGGCUGUGCAGGUUCUCGGUGGUCCCUAUCUGACCUCACAUCUGUAUUUUCCCAGGGUUGGGAAAGAAUUCCCAGUUUUGUUUUGGACCUUAAUUUGCAUUGUCACCUUUUUUAACUCACUCUGGUUCAUAAAAUCCUCCACACACAUUUGAACUGAGUAGGGGUUACUUCACUAAUAUUCUUAAUAUACUGUAUUUAGCGUUUGCUUUUAAAUACUGGGUCUAUUUCUCUUUCCCCCCCUCUUGGGGCUUCUAUUGCAUACAUCCCUACAAUUGAUGAAAGUUGCUGUUCAUGGUGUUAGUGCAGGGUCUUUUUAUUCACCACUAACCUAUGCUUGAGCUGAGCACUUUUUCAGUGGAAAGAAACAAAAUUAGAUUCUCCUAAUGAAUGAGUAGUUGGGACCAAAAAAAAUUAAGUGGGGGAAGAUGAAGAUCAGGUAAUUGCUUCACUAAUACAGCCCAAAGGACUACAUAGAAAGCUGCAGUGGGGUGAAACAAGUGGCUAAGAUGUUAACAAUAUAUAAGUUGCAGUCUCGAUAGGGACCACAGACUGAACACCAGAUGUUAAAAUUGUUAACCACAAAACAUGACUCCACUGCAACUGGCAGGAGUUAGUGCCUAGUAAGCCUGCCAAUCUCCACUUGUCAGCAGUAAUGUGGGAAAAAUCUAAAAUCUCUGCUUGGAAUCUGAGGUAUUACCAUCCAGUCAAAUACAAAGUGAAGGGAAGAGAAUUGGCAAUAACUAAAAGGAGGACUGCUGAUAUUUUUGCCCAAGUAUUGGAAGUGAAAGUGUACUGUCUUUAAAAAUUUGAGCUUCUAAAUCUUUUUCAUCCCCCAUUUGCACCAUAUGACUUGUGCUAUAUAAGCAACAGUUCCACUUCAGAACAUCUGUCCUCCCUGGAAAGCACUUUAAAUUAGUGUUAAAUGUUAAUCUGUACUUUGUUAUUCCCUGCAAUAAAAGCUGCAUUUUAAAAAGA